GGACUCUCACUGGGUGGAGACUGAGGUCAGGUUCUUGGCUCUUGGCAGAAUCCUCUCCACUGGCCAGCGGUUGCAAACAUCUAAAUUGACUUCAGUGAACUCGGUGACUGCAUUGAGUCUAAACGCAGGUGUGCUGGGCCAGCAAUGGAUCUGCCUAUAAACUUGACCUCCUUUUCUCUCUCUACUCCCUCCACUUUGGAACCUAACCGCAGCUUGGACACGGAAGCCCUGCGCACUAGUCAGUCUUUUCUCUCAGCUUUCCGAGUGCUAGUCCUGACUUUGCUGGGCUUUCUAGCUGCCGCCACGUUCACUUGGAACCUGCUGGUGCUGGCCACCAUCCUCAGGGUACGCACCUUCCACCGAGUACCACACAACCUGGUAGCAUCCAUGGCUAUCUCGGAUGUGCUAGUAGCUGUGCUGGUUAUGCCUCUGAGCCUGGUACAUGAACUGUCUGGGCGCCGCUGGCAGCUGGGCCGGCGUCUAUGCCAGCUGUGGAUUGCGUGUGACGUCCUCUGCUGUACUGCCAGCAUCUGGAAUGUGACAGCAAUAGCUUUGGACCGCUACUGGUCAAUAACGCGCCACCUGGAGUACACACUCCGUGCCCGCAAGCGUGUCUCCAACGUGAUGAUCCUGCUCACUUGGGCACUCUCCGCUGUCAUCUCUCUGGCUCCGCUGCUCUUUGGCUGGGGAGAGACUUACUCGGAGCUCAGUGAAGAAUGCCAGGUCAGUCGCGAGCCUUCCUACACCGUGUUCUCCACUGUGGGCGCCUUCUACCUGCCGCUGUGUGUGGUGCUCUUUGUAUACUGGAAGAUUUACAAGGCUGCGAAGUUCCGCAUGGGCUCCAGGAAGACCAACAGCGUCUCCCCCAUACCUGAAGCUGUGGAGGUGAAGGACGCUUCACAACAUCCCCAGAUGGUGUUCACUGUCCGUCACGCCACCGUCACCUUCCAGACAGAAGGGGACACGUGGAGGGAACAGAAGGAGCAAAGGGCAGCCCUCAUGGUGGGCAUCCUCAUUGGGGUGUUUGUCCUCUGCUGGUUCCCCUUCUUUGUUACGGAGCUCAUCAGUCCGCUGUGCUCCUGGGAUAUCCCUGCCCUCUGGAAGAGCAUCUUCCUGUGGCUGGGCUAUUCCAACUCCUUCUUCAACCCGCUCAUCUACACGGCGUUCAACAGGAGCUACAGCAGUGCUUUUAAGGUCUUCUUCUCCAAGCAGCAGUGAGAGGCCACAUGGGAGUGCCUUCUUCCCGUAGCUUGUAGCUCGGUGGACUGUCCUGCCUCACAAACCCCUGUAGUCUGCCCAGCUGUCCAGAGGAACAAGAUCCAUCUGCCAAGGGCACCAGGGUCACAUCAGAGCUCAGCUCACUUCAGUUCUGUGCCCGUGUGCUGGAAGGUGUCUCCUAUAGGCUCUGGUAGCUUGUGUCCCCAGUCUGGGCACUCUUCCUCACACUGUACCAGCAGCCACAGGCCUGGCCCACAACGUGCCCAUUUCUCCUCCAACUCCACUCCAGCGGGACCAUGAGAAGUUUGAUCAGAACGAACAGGAGGAAGGAAGUGAGACAAUAAGGCAGGCAGAGAGAGGCAGAAAGAACAAGGCUGAAAGCCAGUGGGAUCACAUACCUGGAACCCUCACACCAAGGAGACUUAGGCAGGUAGAACAGGAAUUUGGAGCCAGCCUGGGCUACAUAGUAAGUUCAUAAAUCAGUCUGAGCUGUCUGACACAGACUUAGCAACAGCAAUGCACUGGAGAGGCUAUUUGAAAAGCAGAGACCAUAAGGGCAAACUUCCCAGAACAGCCCUCACUUCACAGUUCUGCUCUGUGGUCCUGCAGUGUAUGGCCCAAUUCUGGGUCCUUCUGAAUAUCUGAUCACAAGAUUCUGUCCCCAAACAUAUCAAAGCACCAUCCCAUUUGUGAUAACAGUGAUUCCUGUCUUUACCAUUUGUUCAUUGUGAACCCAAA